AUGACACCUUCGGAGAUAGCAAACAACGCUCUCCAGGCUACGCUCGAGACUGUACAAUCAUUGAUGAAGCGAUGUAUGAAAUUAAAGGAAAGUGAUCCAGGCACACUGACGUUAUCGGAUGAAAUCACCAGACACCUGGCAAAAGAUUUGAAGCUGUAUGGGGGAAGCGCGACAUCGUUCUCCCCUCAGCUGCUAUCCUGUGCCGCCGUAGUACGGGAGCACUCCAAGGCUGGCAUUUUUGUGUCAUUGCCCGACUGGAGGACCGUCAUAGACGACGACCCGCGCAUUAGGAGUCACCCGCGGUUUCACAAGACCGUGGACUACCGCCCCUCCACCUUGCCCGAACACAAACCCCCCGCGUCGGCGUCGGCGGUCCCGGAGGAGGCUGCAAAACCUCUUGCAGAAUCCAUCCCUGUAAUGAUGCCGGCGACGCCAUCUGUUUCAAAUACAUUCGUACCUAGCACUCCCGUGUUGCAAACCUCGGAGGUUCCGGUAAUGGAACCCAUGGUAUCGGACAUCCGAAGUAGCGCUGCCGACACAACAGCAUGGGAGGCAUUGACCCCCCUUCCGUAUUCCAUCGCUCCCGUGAUGGUGAGACACAAUAUCCCUAUGGUUGGAGGCAUGAAGACACAACCGGAGACAACCUUGCGGCCCAGGAAGACGAAAAGGAAAGUAGAAGAGAGCGACAAUGAUAGCAAAGAAGCGGAGGCAUUGAGCGGACUCACACAAACGCCCAUAUCCCAGAAACCAAUUCGCAAACAGAAGAAGAAGUUUAUGUCGGAUGAAGAGGACCACAGGGCCGCUGGUACCAUUAUUGUUAAGCACAAGGCUUUGUCGGUCAAGACAUUCAAUGUUGUGGCUCCAGAUGCCACAUCAGCAGGUACUUCCGCACCAGAAUGGUUGGACGACAGAGGCUUUUGGGAUGAAGAAACCAGGCCUGCCAGAUGGGGUCUGGAUUCCAACAUCGCCAUAACGGUGGAGCAAUCCGUUCGCUACCACUCCUGGAAAUGUGACAAAUGUGUCAAGUUGAAGGUUCCUUGCGUUGUUCUUCCUGACAAGAAGUUCGGAUUCACCAGACUAGCCUGCGCAAACUGCGAUGAAAUGAAGAUCGCCUGCACGAUCGACAGCGCUGGUGUGAGGCAGAGGUUGCAAGUAAAGGCGAAGGAAGCUGUGGGCGAAGCGAAUAUCAAUCCUCUUCCCAAACGUCCCAGUACACGGGCAAACAAGUCGCACCCUGCCGCCAAAAGUCUGGAAAAAUCUGCUCUGGCGAAGACCACGAAACCGGCCACGUGUUCCAACUCGCAUGCGGCGCAAACGGUUGCCGUGGAUGAUACACUGAACGAAAAACCCACGAGGCCUAAAUACGAGGCUCCGCUGGCACCCCACAACAUGGGGUCGUCGGAUCUUUCCACACCCUCGGAAGCAGCGCUCCCUGCAAUAGCAUCCAUCCCAGCGCCAUUUCAGCCAUCGUUACCCACCAAUCUUUCGGAGCCGGAACCUAGCGGAAGGGAUAUACUCCGAAGCAUCCAGGACCUUGGCAGGAGAUUCGAUCUCCUUGCAACCAAUGAGCGGGUGGACACGUUGGAUGUGAGGGUUGAUUCGGUGGAGGACAGGUUUGGAUGGAGGCUAAUGGAGCUGGAGAAACAGAUCACUGCCUCGGAUGUGCGUUGGCAAUCAGUGACAUCGUCCAUGGGUAAUCUAUCGAUGUCCUUGCGAGUGCAUAAGAAUGAUCCGGCAGUUCACCGUCCUGGUUCCUCCAAUGAUUCCACAUACAAACUGCAAACUGCCGCCGCUGAUGAACGCCUGGGAAUCUCGACAGUCGGUAGGGAACGCACAUAUGCGUGCAAUUAG